AUGGUGUCCAAGCCUUUGGUGACCAUGGUACCGAGGGUGCCUGGCCCGUUGCAGCCCCUCAUGGACAAGGUGCAUCCGAUCAUGAUCAAGGAGCGACGGCCCAUGAGGUGGCUUGGCGUGGAGGCGCUGGACACGGUGACCAACGCGGGGGCUCUUUGCGGACACCUCAGCUUUGCUAUCCUCACGCUUGCCUAUCUCGAGACGGACGUGCUCAAGCUACGAUCUCCUCAUGUGCACGCACGUCGCUCUGGGGUUACUGCUUUGCCGGCUGACCACUGCUGA